CUUGACUGUGGUCAACACUCUCUGCAACUCUGGUAUAUAUCGCCCAUCUCAGCACUUAUAACUCUUCGAAAUGUCAUUUCCCAACUCGUCUACGCCACUUCUUCCGCGAGCUUCGAGUUUUGUAACACCCGCUCUCCUCUGGAGGUCAGGAGCUAUCCUUGCUGCUACAGGAAUGAUUGCUGGCGCAUUUGGCUCCCAUGCUUUGAAGCGCAGGCCAGGAAUCACGCCCGAAGGCUUAUCCGCUUGGGGAACGGCGUCUCAUUACGCGAUAUUCAAUGGCCUGGCCUUGUUUGUACUCUCGAUGCAUCCUCGAUUUUCGACGCACAAAUUUGCUGGCCCUGCUAUAGCAGGAGGAGGUUUUGUCUUCUCUGGCUCUAUCAUGGCACUUGUUCUGUGGAAAUUGAAGUUCCUUGGACCUAUCACUCCCAUGGGUGGUUUAGCUAUGAUUGCCGGGUACAUUACCCUGGCACUCUAGAUCAGCCAUUCCUUAUUAGAAUGUUCCUAAGCCGUGGACCAUCCGUCCCAUCAUGGUCGUGCGUCAGUUCAGUAUAUGACACUUUAGAAACAUGCAGGGAUUUGCGCAAUGCAUAUUACUUUUUCCCACUCUGGUGGUGCAGGAUGAACCUUUUCCUGCUGUUGACAACUGUCAAUACACUCACUUCCGUUUCCUUAGGUUCGUGUCAUUGCAGUCAUUUCCAGCCGUAGCAUAAGUGCGUUUUCAAUGUUUGCCUUGGAGUAGGCUUAAUUGGUUUGUCAU